AAUUCUGUUUAAAGAUGGCGGUGUUUCCGGUCGGCUUAUUGACGAGGUGUCCCGUGUGAGGGUUUGCCCCAAGCAGGGGGGCGGAAGAAAGAAUGAAUUAUAUGCCGGGGACAGCAAGCCUCAUAGAGGAUAUUGACAAAAAACACUUGGUCCUACUCCGAGAUGGGAGAACUCUUAUUGGAUACUUGAGAAGCAUUGACCAGUUUGCGAAUCUUGUUCUGCACCAGACGGUGGAAAGGAUACACGUUGGGAAGAAAUACGGGGAUAUUCCUAGGGGAAUAUUUGUUGUGCGAGGAGAAAAUGUGGUCCUUCUUGGAGAAAUAGACCUGGAGAAGGAGAGCGACACUCAAUUACUGCAGGUCUCCAUCGAGGAGAUCUUAGAGGAGCAGCGCGUGCAGCAGCAAAGCAAACAGGAGGCCGAGAGGGUGAAGGUGCAGGCCCUGAAGGAACGAGGCCUGUCCAUUCCUAGAGCGGACACCCUGGACGAGUACUGAGCUCCUGCGUGGACAAUGCCGCUGUAGGUGUCCACACUUAUACAGAUCCCAGGGGGAUUACUUUGCGUUUUUUCCUUUUUUUUUUUUUCUGUUCGGACUUGUCUGCUGCACUCUGUGAAUAAUGGUUCAAACUUACGUAAUGAUUUCUGUUGUAUGUGAUCCCUAGAUGAGAGCACUUAUAUUCCACGAUGAGGGGAAGGCACCCCAUUAAAGAUUUCUUUUUUGACUGGUUUAUUUUUU